AUGUCCUCAACGAGGGCAAUUAAGAAGAGCGCCUUCUCAUGCGAACCAUGUCGCCGACGCAAGGUAAAAUGCGGCGGAGAGCAGCCGACGUGCAAUCGCUGUGCCGCCCGCGCUGAUGAAUGCGUCUACAAGCUCAACCCGACCCUGUCGUACACGUCACGCUUGGAGCACCGUGUCAAGGAGCUCGAGGCCCAGCUGGCCGCCGUGAGGGCUCACGCCCCGGGCCCCUCCGAGCCGUCGCGGACCUCGUCGCCCAGCGUCGGCCCGUCGGCUGGCCAGUCGCCCAUGACGGACCCGCAUCACUUCGAAUCGCAGGACGAAGAGUCCGUCAACGAGAGCUUCAAGGGCCUCAAGGUCGAUGACAAGGGCGCCAUCACCUACCACGGCGCCACGAGCUUCUUCAACCUGCCCGGCGACCGGCCCUCGGGCUCGCGGGACCAGCAGUCGACGUCAGACCACGCCAUGCAGAGGCGUGAGAGGCUGGUCGCAAACGCCUGGCAGCAGCGAGCCCUCGAGAACAUGUCCGAUAUCCCAGAACCUUUCCAAUACUUGUUGAACGUCCACUGGUGCUGGAUUCAGCCCUUGUUCAACUUCAUCUACAGACCCGCAUUCACCCGCGACAUGCAGACAUUGGGACCCUAUUACUCUCACACCCUUAUGAACGCGGUAUUAUCACACUCCAUCCGCUGGGGGCGCAGCGACCCUGCAACCAAGGACAAGUUGGAAGAGUUCUACGACGGCGGCGCCCUCUUUGGCAAGCACGCCCGCAGCAUGGUCUUUGAGGAGCUCAGCAAGGGCAUCUGCUCCAUCCCCACCGUCCAGACCCUGCUGCUGCUCAGCGCCCAGGAGUGCAGCGUCGGCAACAGCGCCCAGGCCUGGACCUACAGCGGUCUCGCCUUCCGCAUCAUCGACCAUCUCGGCAUCUGCGUCGACGGUCAGAGGUACCCCGGCUCGGUGCAGCUGACGGACGAGGACGUUGAGAUCCGCCACCGCCUCUUCUGGAGCUGCUACUUCUGGGACAAAAUGAUCAGUCUCUACCUCGGACGCUCGCCGUCGCUCCAGCAGACGUCCGUGUCGCCGCCCCAGAUCAUGUUCGACGACUCGUCCGAGAACGAAUCAUGGACGCCCUUCGGCGUCGUCCCCGAGGGCGGCUGGAAGUACCCGCCCGCGGCGGCCCAUUCCACCUCCUGCUUCAUGCAGAUGUGCCGGCUCUCCACCGUCUUCAACGAGAUCCUCGUCCACAUGUACGACCCCGUCCGCCCUAACAGCCAGGCCGAGAUGCAAGACUGCCUCGCCAAGCAAGAGGUGGCUCUGCGGCAGUGGUGGGACGAGCUGCCGCCUUUCCUCAAGAUCGAGGCCACGGCCCUUCCCGCGCUGGCGCCCCCCUCCCACAUCAUUACACUGAACGUCCUCUACCGCACGUUCAAGAUCCUCCUCUACCGCCCCAUGCUCUCUCGGCAUAGCGGAGACAGCGCCGAGAACCUGCAGCCGGUACAGAGGUACCUGGGCGAGUGCGUGACGUCCGCGACAGGCAUCAUAGCCAUCUUCGACCUGUUCUGCCGCUCUUUCGGCAUCAGCCACUGCGUCUUGUCCCUCUCUUACAGCGUGUACAUUGCCGCUUCCAUCUUCCUGCUUCAGGUCCAAUCCAACGUCGAGGACGCCCAGGCGUUACGCCGGCUAGAGUACUGCGUCCGCAUCCUCGCAUCCGUCAAGCGCAUCAACCCAGUCAUCAGCAGCGCCCUGAACCUCAUCACCCGUGAGCUCGUCCGCCUGGGCAUCAACAUCGGCGCCCUCGGGCUACCAAAGACAGCCCCGACACCGCCCAUGGCUACGUACGGCAUCCCGCAGCCCCGGCCAGUCGACGCGCCGUCCGCGUCCGCCCCGCUCGGCCCCGAGGCCACCAGCUCACCCGAGCAGCAGCUCUACAACUUCCCCUUCGUCGACACCCUCGGGCCCGAGGCCUUCGCCAUGGACCCGCAGGUCGUGCAGACCAUGUCGUCGAUAGAGCCGUUGAGCGUCCGGGUCGGCGCGAUAGAUUAUUAG